CAGUUGGAAACUGCCACGUUUACAAGCUGUAAACACUCUGCCACAAAUUUAGCACAGCAGCAGAAAACGACACCCGAUAUUGUUGGAAGCUUCUUCUCCUUCUUCAAAGCUUCACGUAUAUGUGCUGUAGAUCACUCUCUGCUCCCAAUAUCCAUUUCACUAGACGACGCCGUAAUCCUACACUAUGGCUUGGUUCAGAAGCCUCAUCCAAGUCUCAGCCGCCGCCAGAUCAGUGACCAAACCCAGAAUUUCAGACCCAUUUUCUUACACUCUGCUCUCGCGCUUCAGCUCGGAGCCGGCUCCGAUCCAUGAGACUCCGGCUCCUCAGCCGCCGAUCCAGUACUCGGGUCUGGGCCCCACGAAGCCCGGCGAGAAGCCGCGGGUGGUGGUCUUGGGCACGGGUUGGGCCGGGUGCCGGCUCAUGAAAGGCUUGGACACCGAUAUAUACGACGUCGUUUGCGUGUCGCCUAGGAACCAUAUGGUCUUCACGCCUCUGUUGGCAUCCACCUGCGUUGGGACUCUGGAGUUUAGGUCCGUCGCGGAGCCAAUCGGGAGGAUCCAACCUGCAAUAUCUCGCGAACCCGGGUCGUAUUUCUUUCUUUCUAAUUGUGUUGGCCUCGAACCUGAUAAGCAUUUGGUGCAAUGCGAGACUGUAACCGAUGGAGCAGAACCCUUGAAGCCAUGGAAAUUUGAAAUUUCAUACGACAAGUUGGUAAUUGCAUUGGGAGCAAAGCCAACCACUUUUGGAAUACAGGGUGUAGAAGAACAUGCAAUUUUUCUUCGUGAAGUCUACCAUGCCCAGGAAAUCCGCAGGAAGCUGCUCCUAAACUUGAUGCUGUCGGAUGUUCCUGGUGUUUCUGAGGAAGAGAAAAGCAGACUCCUACACUGUGUUGUUGUAGGAGGUGGUCCCACGGGAGUUGAGUUUAGUGGUGAACUUAGUGACUUCAUUCAGAGAGAUGUUCGACAAAGAUAUUCCCAUGUGAAAAAUUAUAUUCAUGUUACCUUGAUUGAGGCAAAUGAGAUAUUAUCAUCAUUUGAUGAUCGCUUGCGGCACUAUGCUACAAAACAGCUGACAAAGUCAGGAGUUCGUCUUGUCCGUGGGAUCGUCAAGGAUGUCAAAGCUCAGAAGAUAAUUCUUAAUGAUGGCACCGAGGUUCCUUAUGGGCUGCUGGUAUGGUCUACCGGUGUUGGUCCAUCACCUUUGGUGAACUCCUUGCCACUUUCAAAAGCUCCUGGUGGAAGGGUUGGUGUUGACGAGUGGCUGCGGGUUCCUUCCGUCCAGGAUGUGUAUUCAAUUGGUGAUUGUAGCGGUUUUGUUGAAAGUACUGGAAAACCAACCCUUCCAGCCUUGGCCCAGGUUGCAGAGAGGCAAGGAAAGUAUCUGGCGAAUUUGUUGAACAAAAUUGGUAAAGCUGGUGGAGGACGCGCCAACGGUGCAAAAGAAUAUAAAUACGAGGAUCCAUUCGUGUACAAGCAUUUAGGAAGCAUGGCAACUCUUGGGAGAUACAAGGCUCUCGUCGACCUCAGACAGAGCAAGGACGGAAAAGGCUUAGCUUUGGCUGGAUUCACCAGUUGGUUUAUAUGGCGCUCAGCAUAUUUAACACGAGUCUUGAGCUGGAGGAAUAGAUUCUAUGUGGCGAUUAACUGGGCUACAACUUUUGUGUUCGGGCGUGAUAUAACCAGAAUCUAGAUUCAACACGGAAAGCAAGAUACUUAGUAGGAUGGACAAUGCUACUAGGUGAUUCAGGCAGCACUGUGGCAAUGACCGAACUGCGGUGGCACUGAUCAUGUGGCUGCGAGUGCUGUGAUGGUGACUGUUGGAUUCAAUGGGUGAUUGCUGGCAGGAGUGGCGGUUGAACCACUUCCAUGGGAAAUCCUUUUUUUGAAUAAACUACAAUAUAUGAUGUGGAAAAUGAUAUGAUUGCCAUGUCAUUAUGUAAACUAGAGUUUCGGGGUAUUACUUGGUGCCCUACACGUUACUUUGCCUAUGAUCAUGUCUAUGACCAAAUUUGUGUACAUGCAUUUUAGUGAUUGAAUAACCGGUUUACAUGACAUAUUGUGGCUAUUUUAUAUUGUGA